AUGCUGUUCCCACGUGCUGUUCCCACGUGCUGUUCCCACGCACUGUUCCUACAUGCUGUUCCCACGCGUUGUUCCCACGCGCUGUUCCCAUGCGCUGCUCCCACGCGCUGUUCCCACGCGCUGCUCCCACGCGCUGUUCCUCUCACGCUCUGUUCCCACGCGCUGUUCCUACGUGCUGUUCCUACGUGCUGUCCCCACGCGCUGUUCCCAUGCGCUGUUCCCACUUGCUGUUCCCAUGCGCUGUUCCCACGUGCUGUUCCCACGCGGUUCCCACAUGCUGUUCCCACGCGCUGUUCCCACGCGCUGUUCCCACGUGCUGUUGUUCCCACGCGCUGUUGUUCCCAGGCGCUGUUCCCUCUCGCUGUUCCCACGCGCUGUUCCCACGUGCCGUUCCUACGCGCUGUCCCCACGCGCUGUUCCCACGCGCUGUUCCCGCACGCUGUUCCUACUGUCCCCAAGCGCUGUUCUCACGCGCUGUUCCCGCCCACGCGCUGUUGUUCCCACUCGCUGUUCCCAUUCGCUGUUCUCACGCGCUGUUCCCACGUGCUGUUGUUCCCACGCGCUGUUCCCACGCGCUGUCCCCACGCGCUGUCCCCACGCGCUGUCGCCACGCGCUGUCCCCACGCGCUGUUCCCACGUGCUGUUCCCACUCGCUGUUCCCACGCGCUGUUCCCACGCGCUGUUCCCACGUUCUGUUCCCACGUUCUGUCCCCACAUGCUGUUCCCACGCGCUGUUCCCACGCGCUGUCCCCACGCGCUGUUCCCACGUGCUGUUCCCACGCGCUGUUCCGACCCGCUGUUCCCACGCGCUGUCCCCACGCGCUGUUCCCACUGUUCCCACGCGCUGUACCCACGCGCUGUUCCCAGGCGCUGUUCCUCUCACGCGCACCGCGUGCUAGAUAA